UGUGACCGUGAUGAGUCUCCUUCCUUCCUCUUCUUCGGUGUUCUAACUUCCCUUCUUCUUCUCUGUCCCGAUAACUCCUUUUCCCUCUUCUUCUUCUUCUUUAUCCAAGCUAUAUCGAUCCCAACCGAAAAUCGUUUUGGUUGAUCCUUUGAGCGGCUUGAUCAGGAAGAGAGAAUUAAACGAGAUGUCAAACAAUCCGAAGAUCACAUGUGUAUCUUCGUCGCAUCAGAAUCUGGUGGAGAAGCUAAUGGAACUCCAGGAGAGGUUUUGUCAUCUUCAGGCUGCCAGGAAAGAAGGGCGGUUUAGUGAUCAUGCUAUUUUGGAAGCCCAAAUCUCUCAGAAUCUCCGUGAGUGGCAAGCAGAACUCAGUGCUCCUUCUCCAGAAUCUUCUCUUCUGGGUGGAAGUAUUAGCCAUUUCUCUGAGGAGAUAGCCCGUCUGUUGAAGCUAAACGACGAGGAGGACGAUGCAACUAGUUCGCUGAAGGAACACUCUGCGCCAAAGCCCGAGGGUUUUGCUCAAAGCUUGUGCCCUCCAGAACACUUGGAAUGGACAGAUGAGCCUUUUAUUCAAAGUCCUUUCAACGUAAAUUUCUCCAGUGGUUUUGAGGAUGCUGUUAAUAAUACCGAAACACAUGACCAGCAACUCCAUUUUGCAUUUCAAGAGUUCGAUUCAAGCAUAAACCCUCCUGAUUUCCAUGACCAAAAACUCAACAACUUGGAUAUAACUUCUCAGCUGGAUUACCAUCUUUCAGAAGUGCGCCAGGAAUUCAAAAACAGCUCUUCCGUUAAGCUUGAUGGUUCUGGCGAGUUUGAAAGUUUUGCUGAAUUUACUCCUCCAUCAAGUGUCCGUGUGCCUCCUUCUGCCUUUUUGGGACCAAAGUGUGCACUAUGGGAUUGCGCAAGACCUGCUCACGGCUCUGACUGGUACCUGGACUACUGCAGUGACUACCAUGGGAACCUGGCUCUUAAUGAAGAUUCGCCUGGCACAGCACCUGUUUUAAGACCGGGGGGCAUCAGUUUGAAAGAUAAUCUAUUGAUUGAUGCUCUUCGUGCAAAGACUCUGGGUAAGAAUGUUGGCAUCCCAGUGUGUGAAGGAGCUGUUAACACAAAAUGCCCAUGGAACGCAGCAGAGCUAUUUCAUCUUGAACUGGUCGAGGGUGAAACGAUUAGAGAAUGGCUCUUCUUCGACAAACCCAGAAGAGCAUAUGAUAGCGGAAACCGAAAGCAAAGAUCACUUCCAGAUUACAGCGGACGAGGCUGGCAUGAAUCAAGAAAACAACUGAUGAAAGAACAACAAGGCCAGAAGAGAUCCUACUAUAUGGAUCCACAACCUCCUGGUCCCUAUGAGUGGCAUCUCUUUGAAUACCAGAUCAAUGAAUCUGAUGAAUGUGCCUUAUAUCGACUAGAACUCAAACUAACUAAUGGAAAGAAGAGUCCUAAGGCAAAGGUUGCCAAAGACCCUCUAGCUGAUCUGCAGAAGAAGAUGGAGAAAAUGGGACAGUUAACACCUGAGGUGGCUUCAGACAAACCCUCUCCUCCAACCAAAAGGAACAGUUGAUCUUUGCGCCUUUUUAUCUUGAGAAUUCUGAGAUGAGUUGUAAAUUCUUUUAGCUUCGUUUAUUUUUCCCUCUGAAACCAUUAGUAUUGUGUCAAAAAAGUUUGUACUGUCAUCAGUAUUCCAAAGUUCAGAGAUUACUCAUAAGUUUCAAAGCUAAAAUGUCACAUCUCAAC